AUAUGUGCCAGUGAGAUUAUGGGGCAGCAGUGGCCAUCUUCAGACUAUUGUACAUGCGACUGUAGGAAGGACCUACUGCCCUACUGUUAUGGCCAAGAGGUUUGCUGCCCGACAGGAAGAUGGAGCCACUGUGACUUGGGAUGUUUAUGAACCUACUGGGCCAUCGCAGUUUGAUGAGGACAUGACUAUCGCUGUGUGUCCGGGCAUCGCGAACAGCAGUGAGAGCACCUACGUCAGAUCGCUGGUGUCACUUGCUUGCUCACAGGGCUACCGCUGCAUUGUACUUAACCACCUGGGAGUUCUGCCACACGUUAAGAUCACGAGUCCCAGAGUAUUUCGCUAUGGCCAGACUGACGAGUUCCACCUGAUGCUGAUGAAAUACCUUGAAGUCCACCCAGACACCAAGCUUCUGUUGGUGGGCUUCAGCAUGGGGGGUAACAUUGUCACAAAAUAUCUAGGGGAGCCAGGUAGAGCCAGGCCAGGUAACAUUGUAGGGGCCAUCUCCAUCUGCCAGGGAUAUGAUGCCGUAAAGAGUCUAAAGUACCUCUUAGAGUGGCACAACCUAGCACGCAUCUACCUGUUCUCCAUGACUGAGAACAUGCGCUCCGUCAUCAUACGCCAUAAGGAGGCUCUCUUCACUGAAGAGGUGAAGCGGAAAUGUAACAUUGAGGAGCGGCGAGUCCUUUCAGCUGCUACCUUACCAGAGCUUGAUGAAGUAUACACCAGGCGCAUCUUUGGGUUCUGUUCAAAAUGUAAACAUAUAGAGACAAAUUCCAAUACAGAGACUCAUAGUAACUCACUCUACAUAGAAACGGACCAUGGAGGCCACCUGGGUUACUAUGAUGGCGGGUAUAUUAUGCCUCAAGCAGUCACAUGGCUUGACAGAACAGUUGUAUCUCUUGUCACAGCGCUGGCAAACAACCAGUAAGGUUGCAGGUGGUAGUAUAUUUUUGAAAGUGUUCUAGAACCUUCAUGAUGAAGGACAGUUCCACAAAUUUAUGUGUGUGCAUGUAUAUGUGUGUAGAAGCCAUACAGGUCAAUAUAUAUACACAUGAAUCUGUUUGCAUACACACAGGUUAUUAUGUAUUGCUCUCUAUCAUGUGUCUCCCAGAUAAUAUAAACUGUGGAUUAGAUUAAAAAUAAUAGAAGACAGAUGAAAGUGUAAUUAAGCAUAUAAUUUGUAAUGAAUAGUUCUUAGUCCAGUUACCCAGUGAAAAGAUAUCAUUAUAAAUGUUUGGGACAGUGUGCGCAAAUAUUUGAUAUAAAUGUGAUAUUGUAGCACAAUUUCUGCUCAACUUUGGACAAUAAUAAGAUAGAGAUAGGAUACUAAGAUAGAUUUUAUAUAAUUUUAUUUACUUUAGUCAUAUAAAAAAUACUUUUUAUGAACUCACAAAUUGUGUUUUUUAUUUUGUAAAAGUAAUUUAUGCACAAGAAAUUUGGAUGACAUUUAUAAAGAUAUAUGAAUAUGUGAUGGACAGAGAAAGUAUUGAUUUGUCUCAAAAGAACCUAUACUGCAUUUACCCUGUCUUAAUGAAAAGGAUGGUGAAAAGAUUUUUGUUUGAUACUAAACAAAAGAAAUUAUCUUGAAAAUGUUUCUAAUCCAUUGUAGUAAUAAAACAUUCUUAAAACAAUAUCUGUGCCAUUUACUAAGUUUCUUAAGUCAUGGGAGACUUCUUUUUCUUCUAUCUUUUCUAGUUACCUUCAGUUCCAUUUACUCUUCAAAUAUCAGGAUGGUGAGAAAAAAAGUUGUUUUGUUUCAGAAAUGUUAGCUUGAUUUAUGUUACAGAAAUCUCAUUCACACAUGCACAUGCUCACACAACUACAUGUGUACACGCACACACACAUACACACUCACACUCACACUUGCUAAAACACACACACUCACUCACUCAUUCACUCACUCACUCACUCUCAUUC